AUGAAUAUCCUAGGUAGAGGAGAAGAGGUGAGUCAAUCUGAGAUUUUGAGUAUAUUAUCAAGUUCAAUAGAAAGGUACAAGUUAAUAGAAGAAUCUGAAAAUAGAAGACAGAACGGGAAUCUUUUUGAAAACGGAAAGAAGAGGAAACCGAAGUCAAGUAAAGAUGAAAAAAUUAAUAAAAACGAUUUAUGGAAUUUGAAAAUCAAUGAUCUGAACGAAUUCUCACUCCAAAAAAUAGAUUCCCAUGAAAAUUGUACCAAUCAACUCAAGUUCCUAGAAUCUGUUAAAAAUUACAUUUUAGCCAAUUAUCACUAA